AUGAACCAAGAAGCUGUCCAAAUCGCUCUACACCCUUCAUCUACAGAAGAUGCAUGGCUUGCUGCCAAUGGCAUGAUGGUAUCAUCUCCUCCACUUAGCGAGCAGCAUCAGCACUCUAUGAUGUCCGCCGCCGUAUCUCCUUAUCAUUCUCUUGACCAUAUGCCAACUUACCCAAGCCCUGUUGGUUCUCCUUAUGGUGAUGCAUUCUAUUCCCCAAUGUCUUCUGCAGCUCCUCUUGUGGAGCCAUUGUUGACCACAAGCAAUGCACCAGCACCAGAGCUUGGUUAUUUCCCAAUGCAAGAUACCACACAACAACAGCCGCAGCAACAACAUCGUUUGAGCUUGGAGAUUCAGCCUUGUAUUUCAAUUACUGAACCUACGCCUGUUAAACCUCCACGCACUGAUUUGUGGAUGGUUGAUCAAUUCAUUGACCAACACAAUGCUCAGCUGCAAACAUUGACUCCUCAACAAGAUUGGUUGUGCUGGACACCCAACCGUGGCUCUUCCCCCGACUUGUAUUUUGAUGCAUCCUCUGUGCACUCAGAUCCUUGUUUCAAUGAUUUGAAUGUUACAGAUUUCGCUGCUGUUGCAGCCACCACUGCCGCCACUACUAUUACAUCUUCUCCUCAACCCACUCAUAUCAGCACGGCAUUCACAUCAGCAAAUACCAAUAGCACAGCAUUAGCAGCACCUGUUGUACCAUCAUCUACAUCAUCAUCAUCAAGACGCCCCCGGCGGGUUUCUGAACCACCUCGUUUCAAUGGCAACAAUGAUAUGUCUUCACCACCAUCUCGUGUACGUCGUAGUAGUAGCGAUCGUCGUAACCAAGGAUCAUUUGUAUGUCAACAUCCAGGCUGUGGCAAGUCAUUUACACGUGCAUACAACCUCACAUCGCAUAUGCGUACACACACUUCGGAGCGACCUUUCCCUUGUGGUCAAUGUGGUCGCCGAUUUGCCCGCCAACAUGAUCGUAAUCGACAUGAAAAGCUGCACUGGGGUAUUAAGCCAUUCACUUGCCCUGCUUGUAGCAAAUCAUUUGCAAGAAUGGAUGCGCUCAACCGCCAUUUACGAGUUGAAAAUGGCUGCGGUACCCGUUGCUAA